CCCUUCCCUCACCAACAAGAAAGGAACCAAACCCAGUGGAGUUCCCAUAUAUAAUCCCUACCUUCCCUUCCUCCUUAACUUCUCCAAACUCACCUGCAAUAACACAUACACACUCCUACUACCUGAUCAUCCCCAUCGAGCCUCUUAUACAAACUUGUCAAUAUCUGUCUCUGGACAUAAACCGACAUCGACCGAGAAAUUAACCUGAACCUUUGUCUGUUGCUUGUUAAACAUAUAUAGCAACGAAUUUAUAAAGAUGAGAGCAGGUAUCUGCUCUAUACAGCAGGCUCUGACUGUGGAGGCACUGGCAACAGUGAAGCAAGCAGUGAGCUUGGCAAGGAGGAGAGGCCAUGCCCAGGUGACACCCCUCCAUGUGGCCAGCUCAAUGCUUGCCUCCUCCACCGGCCUUCUCCGGAGGGCUUGCCUUCAAUCCCACUCCCACCCUCUCCAGUGCAAGGCCUUGGAGCUCUGCUUCAACGUCGCCCUCAACCGCCUUCCCGCCUCCACCCCUAGCCCCCUCCUGGGCCCCCCACACUCCCCCCAUCCUUCCUUAUCUAACGCUCUCGUCGCCGCCUUCAAGCGCGCCCAGGCCCACCAGCGCCGCGGCUCCAUCGAGAACCAGCAGCAGCCCAUCCUGGCCCUCAAGAUAGAGAUCGAGCAGCUCGUCAUCUCCAUCCUGGACGACCCCAGCGUGAGCCGUGUCAUGAGGGAGGCUGGCUUCUCCAGCAUGCAGAUCAAGAGCAGAGUUGAGCAGGCUGUUUCCGUCGAAGCCUGCUCGCAGCAAGCCCCCAACCCAGACAGUUCUGUCAACAACCCGCCAGCUGCCAAGGAAGUUGCUCAUGUCACUGCUGCGAAGCCUCUAUCGGUACACUUUGCCACUCACUCGGCACUCGAACAUGCCAGUAAUGAGGAUGUGGCUAGUGUGUUAGACGCCCUCCUCAGCAAGAGGAGGAAUGUCGUGAUAGUUGGAGAGGGGCUGAGUGGGCCCGAGGCGGCAGUGAGAGGAGUCAUCGACAAGUUCGAGAGAGGGCUUGUCCCUUUGGAGCUGAAGUCGGUUCAGUUCAUUAGCCUUCCCCUCUUCUCCCUGCGGAACUCGUCGAGAGAAGAGGUGGAGCAGAAGCUUGUCGACCUCCGGGGCCUAGUGAAGAGCUGCAUUGGGCGUGGGAUCGUGUUCUAUUUGGGGGACAUGCAGGGAGUUUCUGAGUACUGGUCGAGCUACGUGGAGCAGAGGAGGAGUUAUUACUGCUCUUCCAACUUGGAGUACCUGGUCCUGGAGCUCAAGAAACUGGUAUGCGGGUUCGGGGAGAGUAAUAGGAGGAUUUGGCUAAUGGGGAUCGCAACUUUCCGGACGUACAUGAAGUGUAAAUCGGGCCAUCCGUCCCUGGAAUCUAUCUGGGACCUUCACCCUUUAACUGUUCCUGCUGGUUCCUUGAGCUUGAGCCUCAACCUUGACAGCGAUCUGCAGGCUGAUUCUAAAAGCAACGUUCUGAUUGAUGUCGAGAAGAGCCUCACUUGCUGCAAGGAUUGCACCCUCAAUUUCGACAAAGAUGUGCAGGCCAUUGGCAGUGUCGAGAUCAAGGACUCAACUAACGAAACUUCUGUGAGCUCGAGUUUGCCCUCAUGGCUCCAACAGUACAAGAACGAGAAGUCUAGAGAUUCCCGCCAUUAUAAGCAGGAGGAAUCUGUCAGUGUCAAGAGUCUCUGCAAGAAGUGGAAUUCAUUCUGCAACAGAGCUCACCAGGACCCUCUGCAUGGGAAGACACUCAAAUUCUACUCGACUCCAUCUUCCCCGACAACCUCGUUCUCUUCUCCUGAACGAAACUCGAGCUUCCCUCCAAGCCACCUGAGCUGGCCCACGAUGAUUGAGUUCAAGCAGUGCCCCAAGGAACACCAAUUCUGGGCAUCCGAUGGGCCAUUGGUCGACCCGCCGAAGCCCGACCUCCUGUCCAACCCGAACUCAAGUCCUAACUCUGCCUCUUCAAGCGAAGUGGCAGAGGACAUGAAUGAUAAUAAUCCGAGCUUCAAGGAGUUCAGUCCCAACAACAUAAAAAUCUUGUCAGAUUCCUUGGUGACGAAGGUUCCAUGGCAGAGAGAGAUUAUUCCCGAGAUAGUUGACACUGUCCUUAAGUGCAGGUCGGGAAUCAUUGAAAAGAAUGGAGGCUCACGGUCAGAGAGACAUAAAAGGGAAGAGACUUUGAUGUUAUUUUUGGGGACCGACUCCAAUGCCAAAGAGAAUAUCUCAAGAGAACUUGCUAAGCUGGUCUUCGGCUCUCAGGGCAACUUCAUUUCAAUUGGCCUGAGCAGAUUCUCAGACCCAGUUCAAGAAUACGGGAAGAAGAGGCCGAGAGAUGAGUUGGGAUUCAGCUACCUGCAGAGGUUCGGAGAAGCAGUGAACGAGAACCCGCAUCGGGUUUUCUUCCUAGAGGACGUGGAUCAAUUCGAUUACAGUUCCAAGCUUGGGAUCAAGAGAGCAGUCGAGGGCGGGAAAAUAUCUGUUUGGGGCGGGGAGACAGUCUCACUUCAGGAUGCAAUUGUCAUCUUCAGCUGCGAGAGCCUAGGUCCUGUUUCGAGAAGGGAAAACAAAGGCUUAGAGCAGCAGGAGAAGGACAGGAAGGAGAAAGAGAAUGAUGACUACUCGGAGGAGAAGAACCCCGGCAGCGUUUCGCUAGACUUGAACAUGGCCAUCCAUGACGAGGACGAGAAGGGAGAUAACGAAAUCAGGAUGAUUUUGGAUUGUGUUGACAGGAAAAUUAUCUUCAAAACUGUCCAAGAACAACUAUGAGCGACCAUCAGGAAGAAGGAAAACAGUUAUCCAGCAUCAGUGUUGUUCCAAUUAAUGGCACUUAAUUGAUGUUUCUUUCUUAAUUAAUUCUUUUUUGUUGUUGUUGUUGUUUUUUUUUUUUCCCGUGUUUUUAAAGAUUUUCAGGGUAAGGCUGGGUGGGGCGGACAGGUAUAAGUUAGUUAACAGGAAACAGGAAACACAGAUUGGGUGUUUGUAUGUUGGGGGGGUGUUUGGAUUUGGGACGUAGUUCUUUAAUUCGCAGCUAUAUUGUAAAUUGUUACAUAAUAUAUAGUAUAUCAACUUUGACUUCGAUCAUAA